UGGCCUAUGGCAGGCCUCUCUGCGGGCUGGCAUGGUCACGGUGGGUAAUGUUGGCAGAGUGUCCACCCCUGCGUUUCCUGUAUAUAUUGAACGCGGCACACCAUCACAACCACACUGGCACAGACUGGCACUGUUUGAUCUUUGCCUAUCAAUUUAUUAUGGCCACAGACCACCAGAACCCUGCAUCCAAGCAGCAGCAGCCAGGCUCCAGUGCACUCAAGCUGGUUAUCUAUGAGCAGGAAAACUUCCAGGGACGGUGCCAUGAGCUGACUGGUGCCUGUAACAACCUCCAGGAAGCAGGCGUGGAGAAAGUGGGCUCCAUUCUGGUGCUUUGUGGACCAUGGGUGGGAUAUGAGCAGGCCGACUGCAAGGGCGAGCAGUAUGUGUUUGAGAAGGGGGAGUAUCCUCGCUGGGAUUCCUGGACCAACAGCAGGCGCAGCGACACCAUUGUUGCAUUCCGACCAAUUAAAGUGGACAGCCAGGAGCACAAGAUUGUCCUUUAUGAGAACCCAAGCUUUGCGGGGAAGAAGAUAGAAAUCAUCGAUGAUGAUGUCCCGAGCUUCCAUGCGCAUGGCUACCAGGAAAAGGUCUCCUCUGUUCGGGUUCAGAGCGGCACCUGGGUCGGCUACCAGUAUCCGGGCUACAGAGGCUACCAGUACCUGUUCGAGAAGGGCGAGUAUAAGGACAACAUGGAGUUCGGCGCCCAGAUCCCACAGAUCCAGUCGGUUCGGCGCAUCAGAGACAUGCAGUGGCAUCAGAGGGGUGCUUUUCACCCUGUCAACUAAGCUCAUGAGUAUUUCCUUAGUAUGAACCUUGACCGCUGCAAGCUUUCUCCCAUCCAGCAAUGACCAUUUACCCUCAUUAGUUGCAAACUCAACCGAUAUGCCAACCUAUUGCAGCUGUUGCAGAAGUGAAUCAUUUGGAGCGACUGAAUAAAUUGCUUCUUGCUUACAUUUCUCCAA